AUGUAUUCAUGCCAUGAUUCAUUGACGUCGAACAGAGCAGUUGUCAUGUCUAAUAACGAAGAUUCAGUCCAAUAUGCCAAGCAAUUGGAUGCAGAAUUUCCUUCAUAUAAGGAACAUUUUGCUAUUCCAACUCUAGGUUCUUUAGGAUCUAAUAUAACCGGUAUCUCUUCCAGUGAUGAUAAAUCCUCAGACCCAUCAUACUACUUCUGUGGAAAUUCCCUCGGAUUGAUGCCCCUAUCCACUGAAAAGGCUGUUCUACAAGAAAUUGACGCAUGGAAACAGAGGGGAGUUGUAUCACAUUUCGACCAUCCUCAUGCUGAACCCUGGGUUUCUAUAGAUGACCCAGUGACACCAUUGCUCGCACCACUAGUUGGUAGCGAACAAUACCCAUCUGAAGUAGCAAUAAUGAAUACUUUGACUGGAAAUCUUCAUACAAUGCUCAGUACUUUUUAUCGUCCUGAGGGCAAGAGAUACAAAAUCCUUUUUGAACAAAAGGCCUUUCCUUCAGACACUUAUGCAUUUCAGGGACAAGUCCAGCUGCAUGGAUACUCAAUUGAAGACGGUCUAAUCCCUUUGGCUCCUAGAGAGGGUGAGUAUACACUUCGAACCGAAGACAUCUUGGCGGAAAUUGAACGCAGCGGCGACUCAAUUGCAGUUAUUAUUUUCUCGGGAAUCCAGUUCUAUACUGGCCAGCUAUUCGACAUGAAGACUAUCACUCAAGCUGGAAAAUCCAAGGGUUGUAUUGUUGGUUGGGAUCUAGCUCAUGCUAUCGGUAAUGUACCAAUGAAACUACAUGAUUGGGGUGUGGAUUUUGCUGUAUUUUGUACAUACAAGUAUCUUAAUUCUGGUCCCGGUAGCAUUGGCGGCAUUUUCGUCCACUCCAAGCAUUCUGAUGACAAGCGUCCACGACUUGCCGGCUGGUGGGGCAAUAAUUCAUCCACCAGGUUUCAAAUGCUUGAUGAUUUUGAUCCUAUUUCAGGCGCUUAUGGUUUUAGAAUGUCCAAUCCCAGUGUACUAAAUACUGUUUGUUUGGGAGAGAGUCUUAAAUUGUUUAAAAAGGCAGGCGGUAUUGAGUAUUUGCGAAAGCGUAGUCUUUCCAUGACCAAUUACCUAUACGAUCUACUUAUAAAAUCGAAAUUUUAUGUGGAUCCGGAGGUUGUGGCAUCCGGUAAAGUUCCUUCGCCGUCUUUCACGAUUAUCACACCCAAGAAUCCAGAAGAACGAGGUGCCCAACUUUCACUUUUAUUCCUUCCCAUUAACUCUGGAAACAUGCAAAAGGUUUUUUCAUAUUUCGAAAGCCGGGGAGUGAUUGGUGAUGAGCGCAAACCAGAUGUCCUUCGAUUGGCACCUAACCACUUUUACAAUACUCACCAGGAGGUACUAGCAGUUACAGAAAUGCUUGAUGCAGCUUUAGACUCUAUUUAA